AGCACCGGACUGCUUUGCCUGCAAAGGUAAGGAAAAAAAGAAAAAGCCCAGGUGAGCAUUUCCCGUGGCAGACACCUGGGGAGUCUUCUGAAGUCAAGACAGAGUGGGCAGAAUAAGGGUACAGUCUCAUUUGUGGAAAAAUACACACAUAUCCAGAAACGGCUAAAUGAAUGAGGACUGUAUCUGACAAUGUUAAAAGGUGUAGAUGAGAUUGCUCUGCGUUGUGAUUUUACACCUCUGAGUGGAAUGAGCUGGGAUAUCAACGAUCUCAACCUUCCGCAGGAUGUGAAGCAGACAGACAGCUUCAAGGAAUGGACAGAUUCCUAUGAGAAGUACAUUUACAGCUCUAAUGAUAAACACGCACAGAGACAUUUGAGUGGCUGGGCCAUGAGAAACACCAACAACCACAAUGCUCGCAUUCUGAAGAAAUCCUGUCUUGGUGUGGUAAUCUGCAGCAAAGACUGUACAACAAUGGAUGGGAGUAAAAUACACCUGAGGCCCGCCAUCUGUGACAAGGCCAGACAAAAACAACAAAAAAAAGGAUGCCCAAAUUGCCAAGCUCCUCUGACUCUAUUGUGCUGUAGAGGUCACGGGGGAUAUCCUGUCACCAACUUUUGGAGACACGAAGAAUCUUAUAUAUUUUUUCAGUCCAAAGGACUGCAUGAUCAUCCAAAGCCUGAAUCAAAAUUAGAAGCGGAAGCAAGAAAAUCAGUUUGCCGGAAACGUGCAAGUAUCUCAUUAAAAUCAUCAGCUCUCAAAAGAACCCAGGAAUCUGAGCCUUUUGCAGGUAUAAUGCCAAGCCAAGAAACAUUUCCCUCUGCCACUUCAUCCCAUUUAGGAGAUCACUUCCAGAAUGAGAUUACAGACAGUCUUUGUAUUCCUUACCCAAGUGGUUUCAACUUUGGAAAAACUCCUUCCAUGGGGGAUGGUUCAGCUGACAUGGAUGACAUUGGGAGAUACUAUGGCAGAUGUCUGCAAUACUCAGCUGGAAAUUACAGUUCUGGGAACUUUACUGGAAACAUGAAAGCCUGUGAUUCUAACUAUGAGUACGGAGACAACUGGAGUAGGAUUAUCAGCUCACUGAAUGCGUGCACAAGCAAGCCGGUCCUUGGCUAUGCACAUGGUUCUGGAAACUAUCCUUAUGAAGUCGCGGCUUCAGAAAACUUCCUAGAUGCUCCAUUACAGAACAGUUAUACCAUGGUGUCAGAAAAAAGAGCUGCUCUCCCAGGACUUAAGCAGGACUUUGAGCAGAAAUGGGGUGAAGACAGCUGCGAAAAGAAACAACCCUGGAACUGUAAGACCAGUUGUAUCACUACUGCUGGGUAUCCACUUUGUCAUGAAGAGCCAUAUUUUGAGAUGAAUAAUUUCAUCCAGGCUUUUCCACUGGCCAUGAAGACAAAUGAUCAAGGUUUUGCUGAAACUAAAUAUGCAAAUAUUGGCACUGGUAUACAGUAGAUUAAAUAAUUUACUAAACAGAGCAAGUUAUACAGUUAAAGGCCCUUUGGGAAUUUGUUUUAGGUUCAUAAUAUUAUUUAUGUGAUGAGUGGUGUGCUGGAGACUGAAGAGAGCAGAGAUAGAGCGAACUGCAGAUAUCUUAGUUUAUGACGAUCAUGCCUUCAGAGGUAAUGUUGCCCAUUUUCAAUUUCUGACAAAAUGUGUCGUGGACUGCUGUAUACUAAUAACCAAGCAGAAACCACUAGAGUCAUUUCAUACCCAGCCCCCAAUAAACACUUACACAGUUAGUAUUAGGUAGUCAAAGCCCUUAUUGCUGUCUAUAAAACCAUCCAUUAAAAAUAAGCGGUGGUAAUUGUGGUAUUACAGUACACAUAUUUAAGUAUUAGUAAGUUAAUUUCAAUUACCAUAUGUAAAUAUUCAUCUGUGAUAAAUUCAGUGUUUAUAGGAACUGUCACAUAUUAUAAUGUGCUGCCAAGUUUUUGUUUUCUCGUGUGUUCUUCUCAUCGAGCCACCUUCUCUAUGUUACAAAACCUACUUGCAGGUAAUGCUCUAGCAGCCAGAUAUGCUUUUCAUUUUCUACCAAUUGACAAGGUGAGUUCCCAGUACAGUAAGUGCAGUAGUGAAGCGUAUUAUAAACAUCAUUUUGGGAUUCAAGGUGGGAACCAAUAUUUAUAUUGUCAUUAAGGCUUUAAUUUGUACCUUUGUAUUAUUCUAACCCCAUUCCAGAAUACUGUAAACUACUGUAUUUUCACUGUUGUCAAACAAAUAAACAAAUUGCAUUUCCAAUUCA